AGCACCCUCUGGAAAUUUUCACGGCGCCAUUUUGAAGUCGCUGAGUCGGACCUGCGUGGUGAGCGCUCUCUCCGUAGAAUUGCCGCAGUCGUCUCUGUUGGAAGAUGGCCAUGGCGAACAGGAAUCUGAAGCAAGUGCGCAUCGAGAGAAACAACAAUGGCAGCAACAGCAGUGAGAGGAUUUCCCCUCCGCAGCAGCAGAUGGUGCACCCGGGGAGGAACAACAAGCGCCGCUUUGACCUGUCCGAGGGGGACCCGGCUCUUAUGCCUCCUAAGAUGGAAGAGGCGGAAGAGUCUCAGGGGGUGACCAUCGACAUCAAGAGCUUCCUGAAGCCCGGGGAGAAGAGCUACACCCAGCGGUGCCGCCUGUUCGUGGGCAACCUGCCGACCGACAUCACGGAGGAGGAUUUUAAGAAGCUCUUUGAGAAGUUUGGAGAACCGAGCGAGGUCUUCAUCAACCGGGACCGGGGCUUCGGCUUCAUCCGCCUGGAAUCCAGAACACUCGCUGAAGUAGCGAAAGCAGAGCUUGAUGGCAUGGUACUCAAAAACAGGCCACUCCGUAUCCGCUUUGCUACCCACGGGGCAGCGCUCACAGUCAAAAAUCUGUCUCCUGUGGUAUCAAAUGAACUCCUUGAAGAAGCUUUCUCCAUGUUCGGCCCAGUUGAACGAGCGGUUGUCAUAGUGGAUGAUCGUGGCAGAGCGACAGGCAAGGGCUUUGUGGAGUUUGCAGCAAAGCCCCCAGCAAGGAAAGCUAUGGAGAGAUGCACAGAUGGAGCGUUUAUACUGACAACGACUCCACGGCCAGUUAUUGUAGAACCAAUGGAGCAGUUUGAUGAUGAAGAUGGUUUGCCAGAAAAAUUUAUGCAGAAGACUCAGCAGUACCUCAAAGAAAGGGAGGAGCCCCCAAGGUUUGCUCAGCCAGGAACAUUCGAGUUUGAGUACUCUUCACGAUGGAAAGCGCUGUAUGAAAUGGAGAAACAGCAGAAAGAACAGGUUGACCGGAACAUAAAAGAAGCGAAGGAGAAAUUGGAGGCAGAGAUGGAAGCAGCCCGCCAUGAGCACCAGCUGAUGCUUAUGAGACAAGAUCUAAUGCGACGGCAAGAAGAGCUGAGAAGGCUGGAGGAGCUGAGGAAUCAGGAGCUUCAAAAGCGAAAGCAGUUUCAUAUGAGACAUGAAGAAGAACAGAGACGACGGGAAGAAGACAUGAUUCGUCAGAGGGAGCAGGAUGAUCUAAGACGUCAGGAAAGUUUCAAACCAGCUUACAUGGACACUAGAGAACAGGAUUUGAGGAUGGGUGAUAUGGGCGUCCGAGGAGCAAUAAAUAUGGGAGAUACCUAUAGCCCAGCUCCUGCUGUUAACCAAGGUCCUCCUCCACCACCACCACCUCCUCCUCCUCCUUCAAUGAUGGGGAUGAAUAUCAACAACCGGGCAACUGUCUCAAGCCCUUCAAUGGGUCCUGGUGCUACAAUGGGCUCUGAAGGAGCUGCAAGCAUUGGAGCGGCAAUGAUGCCAGAUAAUGGAGCAGUGCGCAAUGAUAGAUUCUCACAGCCACCUCCAUCCCAAAUGGGAUCUCCCAUGGUUAACAGAGCAGGAACUGAAGCUGCUCAGCCAGCAAUGGGUGGUGUAAAUGCAGUUGGUGGUGGACCUGGUGGCUAUGGUAGAGGAAACCAAGGGGGAAACUUUGAUGCAUCUAACAAACGUCGCCGUUAUUAGUACUUCACUCCAUACCGUGUAGAACCUUUUUAGUAGAUGAAUUCCGGUGGAAUGCCUUUUUGUUUUAUUUUUCUUUAUUUUUUUUGAACCUAUUGUUUUGUCUUAACUCUAGGAUUUGUAGAAAGUUUUGUUAUGUAACUCCUACAUAUUGUGUUUUUGAUCUUACCAAGAUUUAUCAUGCCUUAUUGUGAAAGUUAAAUGUUACUGUGAUUUACUCGAAUUGUAAUAGUGUUGUAAAACUUGCACCGUAAGCGAUCGCAAUAAAGGCAAAACCUCCUUUGAA